AUGUUCUCAACACUCACAAAGACAUUAAUGUUGAAACACUGCAGAGUUAUUGGCCCUCGAAAGGGGUCUACUGCAUGGUUGCGCAGUUUCAGGCUGUACAGUAGUAACAAAGCCGACCACGACGAUGUGAUGACGAGGAUCAAAAUUGCCCCCAUAAAGAGGAACAACGAGUCGCUGGACAAGAAAAGAGCACGUUUGAUAUAUCAGUCACGCAAAAGAGGGAUCUUGGAAACCGACUUGCUUCUCUCUGGGUUCGCGGCAAAAUAUUUGAAGAAAAUGAACGAAGAGGAACUGGAAGAGUACGAUUCUCUAUUGAAUGAGUUGGACUGGGAUAUUUAUUAUUGGGCCACCAAGAAUUAUAAGACCAGCCCGUUACCUAAAAAGUGGGCCAACUCCAAACUGCUGAAUCAGCUGCAAAAGUUCAGUGAAAAUAAGGAGAAAGAAAUAUUAAGUAUGCCCGAUUUGUCCAAGUAUCAAUGA